CCCAGACUCAUCCGGAUCCAUCAUGAAAGGUCUAAUGGUGGCACUGACCAUAGGGCUGCUUACAAGCAAUGUCCUUCAGCUCCAGGGUCUUCCUAUAGAAAGCCUCGUUGUUCACAUGAGAAGAUGUAGAUGUGCCAAGCAAACCUCGGCAGUCUUUCACCCUGCAGCUUUUAAGUCUGUUCAAGUGUUUCCCCAGAGUGUAUAUUGCCGAAGGAAAGAAAUCAUAUUAAUCGCGAGAACCGGCCGGAAGAUCUGUGUGAAUCCUAAUGUUGCUUGGAUCCAGGAGUUAAUGAAGAUCUUGACCCAGAGACAGUCGUAGUAAGCAACCAGAACAGGAAGCCGCAAAUGAAGCCAGAAGGAACCAAUUCAAACCUCUCCAUCACCCCCUUUUACUUUAUUGCUUCUUUUAUUUAUAUUUACCCUGCGCCACAGCCUGGAAUGUCUUUGCUUUUCUUGAAAAGAGAUGACAACAGCAACCGAUCUGGAUGCUAGAAAAGAAAUGCACGGAAUAUAAAUUUGCCUUAAAACACGUUAAAAUUUCUAGCUACAUCAGCUGAUGGAUACCUACACAUUAACCCCUUGCUGGGCGGUUUUCUAAAAGAUCUCCAAGGACGUCAUUCCCAAUAACGUGGUCAUUUGGUGUUUAGUCAAGAUAAAGAGAGCAAAUCUGUCAAUCUUAAAGCAGCAAACUUUCAGUGCUCAUAAUUGUAAUUAGCAAACUAUCCUCACAGCUAUCCUGUGUAGUAGGUUAUGUUGACAGCAGCAAGUUUCUGAACACCCAAUGAAGUUUCUAGCCGAGUGGAGACUGUAAUCUGUCUGAGUCCAACAUUCUAGUUACUACUGGUAUGCCCUACUGCAGGGGUGGGCAAUUAUUUUUUCCAUGGGGCCGCAUAAGAAACAGAAAAUAUUGUGGAGGGCCGGGCCAAAAGG